AACAAAAUAAUAAAAGAAAAGAAGAAGUACCGUUAAAACAAGAAGCACUGAAAAUGUGAGGUUAAGCAAUAUGGAUUUUAAAAACAAAAUGCUAGAAUUUCAGUCUCGUUUUAUAAAAACUAAUGUUACAGCUAUAAAAGUUGAUAACGAUGUUACAUUAAUUGGAGUGGGAGCAACACUUAAAGUAUUUUGUAACAAAAACAACGAUUUAAUCAAUCAAGUUAAUAUAGAUGGUACUAGAGGUGAACAUAUAUUCGGAAUAAAAUUAUUUACUAAUAAAAUUUUGUUACAUGGAGGUCAGUUUUUAUUACUUUUCCAAAGUAAUGAGAAUUAUAACAAUAUAGAAGAAAUACGUCGUUCCACUUAUAAAGAUUGGAUUUUAGAAUCCAAAUUAAUAGAUAACGAAACAAAAAUCGCUACAGUUUCCAUGCAGAAUAAAUUACAAAUAUGGAAUAUAAAUUUGGAUUUAUUAGAAACAUACGAAUGCGAGGAACAUUGUAUUUUGUACAGUACCCAUAUAUGUUACCAAAAAUUCGAUGAGUUGGUUAUCCUUUCUGGCACAGUGUUCAAUGAAGUUCUCGUUUGGAAAAUUAAUAAACAAAAAGAUUAUAGUAGAGUAUUAAAAAGACUCAAGAAACAUGAAGGAGUAAUUUUUUCCAUUAAUUUUAAUCAGAAAAACGGUUUAAUAUGUUCUACUUCUGAUGAUAGAUCAGCAAUACUGUGGCAAGUGGGAAAACAAGAUCUUAAUAUUGAACUGAAUGAGAAAGUUCCUAAUAUUUUUCCAGUGUGUCAUGUAUAUGGACAUUUAUCACGAAUCUUUCGAUGUUUAGUUAUCAAUAAAUAUUUUGUUACUGCUGGAGAAGAUUCUAUAAUAAAUAUUUGGAAUUUAGAUGGAACACUUUUCAGAAAAGUUGAAGCUAAUCAAAAUAGUCCUAUAUGGGCUUUAGAUUUUGAUGCAAAGAGACAAAUAUUAGUUUCAGGAUCAGGAAAUGGAGGUGUCUAUGCUUUUCCUUUGAAUUUUGAUGUUAAAGAACAACAAAUUUGUCUUCCAAACAAUGAAAAGCCUAAAUUAGUGGGUAUAUUAGCUUCAAAUAAUCUAUUAUUUUUCUCUGAAAAAGCAGUUUUAUAUUUAUAUGGUAUACAAGGAUGGAACAUGAUCAAAUGUUUUGAAGAUUUGAAAAGUUAUGUUUUAUUAAAAGUUUCAAGAUGCCGUAAAUUAGUAGCUCUAGCUGGUUUCAAUGGACAAAUAUAUAUUUUCAAAGAAUAUAGUAAUAGUCUAAAUGAAAUUUCUCGAUAUCAAUCAGUGGAUCAUUCCAGAAUAACAUCUGUCCAUUGGUUAACUUGUGAUUUAGUUCUGAUACGUCAAGAUGGGGGAAAACUAACACUACUGUGCUUGAAACCCCCUUUAAUGAAGUUAGUUUCGAUUUUCAUGCUACCAAAAGGUUCCCAGAGAUGCAGUACCACAGCUACGAUAUUUCAAAAUGAUAUCAUCGUAGGUGAUAGAAAAGGAGGUUUACAUAGAUUCGAAAUAGGGAAAUUGCAUCCUGUUCAAACGAUACCAAAAGUUCAUAGUCACUUAGGGGUUACAAAUUUGGUUAACAAUGAGGAUAUUUUAAUUUCGUUGGGUAGAAAUGGGGUUAUAAAAACAUUUUAUAAAAAUAAAUUUGAUUUAAUUUUAGUAACAGCAGAUAAAGUUCCUUAUUCUUGGUUAUUAGACGUAAUCAAUGAACUUGUGAUAGCAUUUUCUGGUAAUAAUUUUGUUGUAUGGAAUUACAAAACGAAAAGAUUAGUAUUUGAAAAAAUAUGUGGCGGAGGACAUAGAUCGUGGGAUUUUUAUACAUCUGAUAUACAAAGUAUAUUUUUGUAUAUAAAAGAUAAAUUUAUAUAUAAAGUGCAAUUAGAUUUUGAUGUUUAUAAAUCUAUGGAUAUAAUCGAACCGUUUCAUUCGAAUGAAAUUAACACAAUGACUGUUAUUAAGACUAAUUGUAAUUACAUUUUUAUAUCAGGCGGUGAAGACACUACUUUACGAAUAACUACAACAAAUUUACUAUUAAACAGUUUUACUAAUCUGGUAACUUUAAAAUCCCAUAAGUCCAGUAUAAGAACCAUUGUCGCCAUGAAGUUAGACUCUCCUAGUAACUUGGAAAGAUAUUUAAUUUUUUCUGCUGGUGGUAGGGCUCAAAUAGUUUGUUGGACUUUGACUUUUCCCCCGGAUAUAGAAAUAAAAAACUUGAUGUGCAGGGAAAAUUAUUCGUAUUACGAAAAAAUUGAAUCUGAAGAGUCUGAAAAUAGAAUUAUGGAUUUGUGUGCAAUCAGGGUAUCGAAUACUGUGAUAUUAUUUGCAGCUUGUUCGGAUGGUUAUAUAAAAAUUUUUUUAAUAGAUGAUGAUGUACAUAAAAUUGAAUUAUACAAAAAUAUUUUCUAUAAAUUAAAAUGUAUUUUUAGGUUAUGUUGUAUCAAAGUUUUAGAUACGGACGUUUUAGUGAGUUUAGCUAGUGAUGGUAAAAUGGCUUUUUGGAAAUUCUGUGAUCUUUUUUCGGAUAACGAUGCGAAACCAUUUAGAAUUAUAUCGUUACACCAAUCGGGCGUUAAUACUGUAUCCAAUUUUCAAAUAAACGGCGAUACAUUUUUAUUUUUAACAGCCGGUGACGAUUGUGUAGUAAUUUUAACAUUAUUGACGUUCAAAUUCGACAACCACGCAUUAACUGUACAUUUAUUAGACAAAUAUUUGAGUUCUGGUGUUCAUUGGGCACAAAUAACUGGAAGUGUUAUUUUAAAAAAAUUUUUUCUAACGUGUUCGGUCGAUCAAAGAUUGGUUUUGUAUAAAUGGAACGUAACACGUGAACGUAUAUUUUGCGAGGCUAUUUCUAAAUAUAAUUCUUCUGUGGCGGACUUAAAGGGACUUAUGUGUUAUGGUGACGAAGAUUUUGAUGUUUUUAUCUAUGGAUUAGGAGUAGAAUUUCUAAAACUUGAAUAAAUAAUAAAACAUUA